AUGGCCUGCCGGGGAGCAAACUCCGAUGAAGGCGCUGCCAAAGCGCAUUUCGUGUUCGUUCCGCUGAUGCACCACGGCCACCUGAUCCCGGCGGUGGACGCCGCGCUGCAGCUGGCCGCCCACGGCGCGCUCGCUAGCAUCGUCGUCACGCCGUCGUACACCGCGCGCCUCCGCCCCGCGGUCGAGUCGUCGGGCCUGCCGGUGCGGCUCGUGGAGCUCCCGCUCGACCUCGCCAGCACAGACGACGUCGACCGGAUCCCCCCGGACCAGGAGGCCGCCUACCUCCUCGCCGCGUCGCGCCUCCGGGCCCCGCUGGAGCACCACCUCCGCGCGCACGCGCCGCCUGUGACGUGCGUCGUGUCGGACAUAUGCCACCCGUGGACCACCGGCCUCGCCGCCAGCCUCGGUGUCCCGCGGCUCAGCUUCCUCGGCAUGUCCGCCUGCUGCCUCCUCUGCCUGCAGACGGAGCACCAUGCCGCGGCCAUUCGCAACGCCUAUGCCGCCAUUGACCCCUACUGGCACCUCAUCCCCGAGGAGCCGGUUGAGGUGAAAAUGCCCACCGCGGCCCCUGGGUUCCUGCGGCUACCGGCGUGCAAGAAGCUGGCAUACGAGAAGCUGGCAUACGCUGUCGAGCGGGCAUGCGUCGAGGUCGAUGGUGUCAUCCUCAACACCUUUUUGGAGCUAGAGCCGGAGACGGUCAUGAGCUGCAUGGAGGUCAGGAACGUCAACGUGUGGGCCGUCGGUCCGGUGUCGUUGUUCCACUAUCACCAGAACGCGGCGGCGCUGGCGGCAAGAGGGAACGCGCCCACCAUCGACGCCGACGAGUACCUCCGGUGGCUCGACGACAAGGAGUCGUCCUCCGUCAUCUACGUCAGCUUCGGGAGCAGCGCCGUGCACGCGGCUCCAAAGCAGGUCAUGGAGAUCGGCCUUGGCCUCGAGGCGUCAGAGCACCCGUUCAUCUGGGUGGUAUCAUCGGAGAAUGCCGGACAGGACCAGGAGAUCCGCAGGUUCCUUGAGGAACUGGAGGCCCGGGUCAGCGGUCGCGGCCUGCUGAUCAGGGGCUGGUCACCGCAGCAGCUGAUAUUGUCCCACGCGUCAGUGGGCGGCAUCGUGACGCACUGCGGGUGGAACUCGAUGAUGGAGGCGGUUGCGGCCGGGCUUCCAAUGGUGACAUGGCCGCACCUGGCGCUCCAGUUCGUGAACGAGGCCUUGGCCGUGCGCUCGAUGGAGACCGGCGUGAGCAUCGGGGUCGAGUGGUCGAAGGAGGAGGGGGUGGAGGUGGCGGUGGUGGAGCGAGGGGUGGUGGAGGAGGCGGUGAGGAGCAUCAUGGGCGGAGGAGACGAGGCGGCGGAGAGGCGGAGGAGGGCGACGGCGCUCGCGACGAAGGUGCGAGAGGUCAGCCAGGAGGGCGGAUCUUCUUUCAUAAACCUGCGUCGUUUGGUCAAGCGCUACCAAGCAGUGACGUCCCAUGAUGCAUGA